UCUUGUGCUGCAUACGCAACGUAACUGUGUGCCGACUGCUGACGCGCUGUUCAGUUACGAUGAAACCAUCCAAAAUGAUCGGUGGCGAUUAUUCUCUAGAGCUGAACAACAUAUUCCACACGGGCCAGGUAGAGCCCGCCUCAUGUUUCCAAAGGCUGUUCGGGUCCGUGCAGACUGGGCUCAUACUCAAGGAUAUCACGUUGGAAGUUCGAGCUGGCGAAGUGAUGGCCAUACUGGGAUCAAAAGGCAGUGGUAAACGAGCACUUUUAGAAGUCAUUGCCAGACGAAGUAAGGGGCUGUCUCGCGGUCAAAUCCUCUUGGACGGGAGACCUCUUACGCAAGCUAUGUUUAACCAAUGUUGUGCAUAUGUUGGCCACCGAGCUGAUCUUGUCCCAUCGUUGUCUGUACAGCAAACGCUACACUAUGCAGCUAACUUAUCUAUCGGCUCACAGGUCAGUGGUUACGUUAAAGACUCCAGGGUCAGGCAAGUGUUAGCAGACUUGGCCCUGAGCCAAGUGGCCAGACACAGUGUAGAGGCAUUGACCGAAGGUGAGUACAGACGGCUAGUGAUCGGGAUGCAAUUAGUCAAAGAUCCAGUGUUAUUGUUGUUGGACGAGCCGACCGCUGGAUUGGACCCGUUGACUACGUACUUAGUAGUGUCUAUGGUUAGCAGCCACGCAAAGCGCAGAGGGCGGGCUGUAAUACUCACUAUGGAAAAACCAAGAUCGGAUGUUUUUCCGUUUCUCGAACGCGUUGCUUACUUGUGUUUGGGUGACUUGGUUUACGCGGGACCGACUAGAAUGAUGUUGGACUAUUUCCGAGCGGUUGGCUUUCCGUGUCCAGAAAUGGAAAAUCCGCUUAUGUACUAUUUGUGUUUGUCAACGGUAGAUCGACGAUCUCGCGAGAGGUUUGUCGAGUCCAAUGCACAAAUCGUGGCGCUGGUGGAGAAGUUUAAAAUGGAAGGGGCGCCCUACAGGAAGUCGUCUGCAAUGUCUGUGCUCCUCGGGUCACCGCCCAAUGACCACCAACCCAACUCACAUCCGUAUCCAUAUUCGGCACAGGGGUCUUCGACCACACAAAUCGGAAUGACGUUAUACCAACGCCAGUUCGCAUCCACUUUCGGAUGUUCCUGGCAAGCUCUGUUCUACUUGGCAGCACGACUCAUCGCCAUGCCCAUCGCGUUCCUAUUGGUUUGGAUAUUUUUCCACGACAUUAAGGACUACCAGACGACGUUCAUGUCCCGCAGCGGUCUGCUGUUGACGUGCAUAACGACGACGUAUUUGACUUCGAUAUUCACUACGGCGUACACGUUCGCUCCUCACAGGACACGAUACUAUCAGGAAAACCAAGAUGGCACGUACAACGGACCACUUUUCCUCGUCAGUUAUUUCACUUUCUCGUUGCCACUCGCUUUUCUCACCGUCUCCGGAUCGUCAGCCAUACUGUACCACCUGAUGAAGUUCGACGACUGGACGGAAUUGAGUCUGUUUGCGGCCGUGCUGUUGAGCUGCUACCUAUUCGCCGAACAGCUGGUCGUCGCCGUGAUGGCCAUAUCCAGGAACCCUUACAACACCAGUGUGUUUUGCAUAUAUAUCGUCAGUGUUAUGAUCGUGCUUGGCAGCGGGAUGUUGAGAUCAUACCGGGGCAUGUCGGAAUGGCUGUCGUGGGUGACAUACGCCACGCAGACCAGGUACGCCGGGGCCUAUCUGACGGCCCAGGCUUUCGACGGCCGCCAGCAGUACAACGGGUUGCCGCAGAGCGCGGACCAGAACUGCUCCAUACCCGCGGCCGAGCCGUUCGUGUGCCGGUACCCGGACGGGGCUUCUUACGUCAACGAACGGUACCCGGCCACGGUGGCCGACCCGCAGAUCAACCUGGUCGCCAGCUUCGUGUUCCCGGUCGCCGCGGCCGUGUUCAACAUCCUGCUGUACGUGGCCCCGCUGCCGUCCUACGUCAAGGCAAAGUUCAGAGAAUGAUCAAGACUCACUACCCUACAUCCCCUAACCACCACAAUGUGGGUAGACUUCGGUUCGGUUUGUGUGGGUAGACUUCCGUUCGGUUUGUAUCCGAAGCGGCAGAUACGUCGGGCCUGAGGGCAGUUUGCUGUCAAAGCAUUUAAAAUGCAGUUUUUCUUUUCCAUCAUAUAAACUGACCUAACCCAUAGCGCCAAAGGAGAUCAACUAUAUGAAGUACUGUCGGUGUCUGUCGCGUCUGAAAUAUAAUAUUAUAAUACGUGGGUACCAACUAAUUUCAACUCCACACACAUUGAAUAACGACAUAAAUGAAACGAUUUUUAGUGAAGUGGACCAUAUAAUUCCAUGCAGUACGAUGUAAAAGAAGCUUCUGUUUGAAUUUUUUCGACCAAAUUUUUGUAUUAAUUGUAUCAUUUGUGACUUGCGCAGUUACUCACGUUUAGUAUUGUCAAGUACUUAGUUGAAUACAAGUUUGUAAAUAUUUAGAAAUAUAUAUAUUUUUAGUACAUA